AUGGCUGCCUCCACCAGAAUUCCCCCUGUCAUCCAACCGUUCGUGAGCGAGCGCGCGAGAAAGACACUAGACAUCGUGAGGAACCUCCAAGUGGAAGAAUUCGUUGAGAAAGAAUGUAUCCCGGCAGACACCCUCUUCCAGGCCCAGCUAGGCGAAGGCGAAGCCAGAUUUACCAAGCAUCCUCCUAUCAUAGAAGAUCUGAAGGCCAAAGCAAGGAAACUUGGUCUAUGGAAUAUGUUCUUGCCCAAGAAUCAUUUCAAGGAGGGCGCCGGCUUCAGCAACGUGGAAUACGGAUUAAUGGCAGAGCUACUUGGGAAGAGCAGAGUUGCCAGCGAGGCCACAAACAAUGCUGCGCCUGACACCGGCAAUAUGGAAGUUCUGGCCAAGUACGGAAACGAGGCUCAGAAGAGAGAAUGGCUAGACCCUCUGCUGGAGGGAAAGAUUCGUUCUGGUUUCUUGAUGACUGAGCCAGAUAUUGCCUCGAGCGACGCUACAAAUAUUCGACUUAACAUUCGUCGUGAGGGCAAUGAGUAUGUUCUAAAUGGAGAGAAAUGGUGGUCAUCCGGUGUCGGAGACCCACGGUGCAAGCUGUACCUUGUCAUGGGCAAGACGGAUCCUAACAACCCAGAUCCAUACAAGCAGCAGUCGGUGAUUCUAGUUCCUGCCGGGAUCCCGGGCGUCACCAUACACAGAAUGCUCCACGUCUAUGGAUUUGAUGAUGCCCCCCACGGCCACGGACAAGUUUCUUUUAAGAACGUGCGCGUACCAGUGUCCAACAUUGUUCUAGGUGAAGGUCGUGGCUUCGAAAUCAUCCAGGGCCGCCUGGGACCAGGACGUAUCCACCAUGCCAUGCGUGCCAUUGGCGCUGCUGAGCGAGCCCUUGAAUGGAUGAUUGCGCGUGCAAAUGAUGAGAACAAGAAGCCGUUCGGGACUCCGCUCUCUUCUCAUGGUGUCAUCCUUGAAUGGAUUGCCAGAUCACGUCUCGAGAUUGACUCCGCUCGUCUGAUAGUCCUGAACGCUGCUGCUCGCAUAGAUGGCGCUGACGCUAAGGCUGCUCUAAAGGAAAUUGCUGAGGCUAAGGUCCUUGCACCACAAGUAGCCCUCGCUGUUAUUGACCGUGCUGUCCAAGCUCACGGCGCCAUGGGAGUGUGUCAAGAUACUCCGCUUGCCAAUAUGUGGGCAAACAUCCGCACUCUAAGAAUUGCAGAUGGCCCAGAUGAGGUUCACCUCCAGCAAAUGGGCAAGCGAGAGAACAAGCAGAGGAAGGAUUCCACUAUGGCUAAGGUCAAGGCACAGAGAGCUGAAGCCGAACGGCUACUCAAUGUCAACGGAUUUGGUGCCCUCAAGGGACGUUUGUAA